CAGAUAUUCACUUUUCUUCGUUAUGUCAUUCGAAGAUCUUUACGAUUAUUGCUUCCGAAAUAUUGGUCUUAUACAUCUCAUUCCAUCUUCUUCAGCUAAAGGUAAUAAUGAAGAUCAAAAUGAAUUAACAACAUUGGAUACUGUAUUCACCAGUUCACGAUAUGUCAUUUUUUACCUGAUCAAUUCUACCAGUACCCGUUCACUGGAACCCGUUUUAUCGCUAAAAAAGCUUGUCCAACAACGAAAUAGCAUUUUUGCUAAUUGUCCAAGGGAGUGA